CUCUCAAUUUUUCCCUCGAGCUCCCUCCUCUCCCUUUGUCAUUCUAGCUGCCUGCUGCCUCCGCAGCGUUCCUCCAGCUCUCCGUGCUGACAGCCUGCACCUUAGACAGACAGGGUGCGCCAAGCAGAAGGAUUAGUCGGGACCUGCCUUGGUGACCCCAUGGCAUCCCCUAGAACCGUAACUGUCGUGGCCCUCUCAGUGGCCCUGGGACUCUUCUUUGUUUUCAUGGGGACCAUCAAGUUGACCCCCAGGCUUAGCAAGGAUGCCUACAAUGAGAUGAAACGUGCCUACAAGAGCUAUGUCCGAGCUCUUCCUCUGCUGAAGAAAAUGGGGAUCAAUUCCAUUCUCCUCCGCAAAAGCAUUGGUGCUCUCGAAGUGGCCUGUGGCAUUGUCAUGACCCUUGUGCCUGGGCGUCCCAAAGAUGUGGCCAACUUCUUCCUACUCUUGCUGGUGUUGGCUGUGCUCUUUUUCCACCAGCUAGUUGGUGAUCCUCUCAAACGCUACGCCCAUGCCCUGGUGUUUGGAAUCCUGCUCACAUGCCGCCUGCUGAUUGCCCGAAAGCCCGAGGACCGGUCCUCUGAGAAGAAAUCCUCACCGCCAGGGAAUGCGGGGGGUGCCACCGCCAGCAAUGCAGGAAAUACCGAGGAGCAGCCCACCUUAUACGAGAAGGCCCCUCAGGGCAAAAUGAAGUUGUCAUAGGAAAGCGGAAGUGCAAAAAGUGGACCUUCCAGGCAGUUGCCUCCAUGACCCAGGAAGAUGUCAGUGUGUGUUUUUCAUUUGAUUUAUUUAUCUCGGGGGAAAGGGACAAAUAUAAUCUGCAAGUUAAUGGCCUUGUUGGCUUGUGUACACUUAUACCCUAAAAUGAUCUCCCCACAUAGACAUAUGUGCACCACCUUUAAUCACUCUGGGGCAACUCUCACAUCUUGCUGCAUGUACAUGUAUAUGGCUAACUAUUGAAGUGUAUUUGUGAGAUGGACUCCAGCAAGCAUGUGACUGUGAAAUUAUGUGUGGGAAAAUGUUACUUACCGUGUCUGUGUGUGUAGGUGUGUGUGUGUGUACGCACGCACGUGCGAAGGAGAAGGCUCUGAUCUUGAACUAGUCCUGCAUAGGUAUUCUCUUAUAGACUGAUUCUAGUGAAGGCAGAAUUAAAUAAAUGUCCUAUAAAAAGAAUCCUACUCACUUCUGGUAUGAAACAAACUAUAGAUUCCCAUGGGAUGGAGGAAUCCUUCACUUGAUUAAGCUGAAAACUUAAACCUACCACUUUAGGGAAAAGGUCCUUCAAUUUAAGACGCUGAGUUAUAUGUAAGAUUAAUUAGCCUCUAACAGUUGUCUAAAUUUUAAAUACUCCAUAUUGAGUUUAAUUAAAAUGAGGGAAAUGUGCAGUCAAUAGAUAAUCUAAUUCUUCAAGUGAUAAAAUUGGAAGUUUCACCUUGCCUUUGUCCGAGCCCAACCUACUAAGCUCCUCUACUCACAGCUGGAAACUGAAACAGUAAGCUUGUUACCAGACAUCUUUUUUGGAUUUUCUUAAGUCCAAUGCUGCCUCACUUCCACUUUUCUCAGCAGCUAGCCAGGAUUUGGCAGCUGCUCUGCUGUUGCGGUUGAGGGAGCAGGGAUUAGUCUGUUAGAAGUAUGUGAAUCUCAAAUUCUAGCUGUUCUCUUAAAUCAUCUGAUAUUUGACAGAGGAGCUGUAUCCAGUGUUUCCCUGACAGACAGAUUCGCUAUCCCUAUUGAAUUUUCACUGAACUUUGCUAGUGUAAGCAGAGAUCCAAGUUACCCCCAUAGUCUCCUCUAUACCUCUCUAUCAUUCCAGUGGGUGGAGUUUAGCUGGUGGGACAGACCUUCAAUGUGGGUUACUUGGAUUGAGCAGUAUGAAAAUUUGCUUUCUUCAUUACAUACUGCAGCUUCUCCUUGUUAGAUGUGCUUUGAUGGCUUUAAUAUUAUUGUGCCAGGGAUGGGGAAGGGGGUGGGGGUGUUGUGUGUGUGGGGAGUACAAAUUAUUGUAUUUUCUUCAAUGUCAUUGUUCUUGUUAAUUGAUACCUCUCUGUCUUAUUUCUCUCAUUCUUUCAAAAUAAAAAUUUUUGAAGUUUGGA